GAGGAGCGACUGGCGCGCACAAAUGUGUCCGCUUCAGACGCGCGUUAUUAGAACGGCACCGCUGCGGCUCUGCGCCCACUUUCCCGGUCCGCUGCAACUUUUUUGACUUCUUAUUCCAAAGAUAGUGUGGAUUUUUUUUUUUUUUUUUUUUUGGUGCUUUUUUUUCUCGAAUGGGAUUUAUUUGAAUAAAUAUGAGAGGUCGCAUCGCUGUCACUUUCUCAAGCUUUUUUUUAAUUGGUGAAAUGUCUUUUUCUGUUUUAUGGGUGGGAUAAAUAAUUCACUAAUAAGAAAGGAGAAAGGGGGGAAAAGGUGUGACAGCAGCUUGGCGGACAACUGUGGAUCUCUGCGAGUAACUCCUACCGUCCAAAGGGGGAGGGGGGGGGACGAGGAGGGGGGGCAGCGGCCGUACCCCCCUCUCCUUGAUUGAUUAGUUAUUAGUCAUCCCUUUGGCUAAAUGGAACCCAUUGAAAAGGCACCGUGGAACACAUACAUGAAUCAAAUAUUCCUCGUGUCCCCUCAAUGUCUCCACAGUAGUUUUGCUUAAGAAGGGAGGGGGUCGUGGCUUAGCAUUAUAAAGAGAAGGGGAAAACAGCAAAGCUUUAUGAGGUUUAUUUAGACACUUUCCACCGCAAAAAAAGAAGAGGACUCCAAAUAGAAGAGGAAUUGUGGACUAUAUUUUUUUUAUUUUGGGUUUGGAUGUCAUAUUUGCUGGCAUUUUCCAUUGUGAAAAAAUGAAACUUUGGACAUCUCCUUGGGUGUCCUGCCUGGUGAUUCUCAUCCUCUGUUUUGGAUCAGAGUGCGGGACGGUGGAGCGGCGAAAAGGCAGAUCCAAGAGGGACUUGGUGCGCAUGAGAGAGACGAGAGCGACCCUCCCGGGGGCUUGCGCCACGCGUCUGCCCCGGGGCAAGCGCUCCCUGGCCGGCUUGGAGCGCAGAGGGCUCCGGCAGCGUCGGCGCUCCUCCUCGCAGCCGGAGGCGAGCUCCCCUGAGCGGGGCAAGGCGGUUUAUUUCACCGGCAGGGGCGAUCAACUCCGGCUGAAGCCCGGCGUGGAGAUCCCCAGAGGAAACUUCACACUUGAAAUGUGGAUCAAACCGGAGGGAGGUCAGCGAUCACCCACUGUGAUAGCAGGCCUUUACGACAAAUGUUUCUACGCCUCUAGUGACCGAGGCUGGCUGCUCGGCAUCCAGUCGGUCAGUGAACAUGGCAACCGAGACCCCCGCUUCUUUUUCUCCCUGAAGACAGAUCGUGCCCACAAGGCAACCACUAUCCACUCCAAUGCUCACUACGCACCAAAUCAGUGGGCCUAUCUAGCCGUCACCUAUGACGGCAUCUACAUGAAGCUUUUCGUCAAUGGCGCCCAAGUUGGCGUCAGCCGAGAGCAAUCGGGUGACGUCUUCAGUCACCUGACCAAAAAGUGCAAAGUGUUGAUGAUCGGAGGGAACGCGUUGAAUCAUAACUACAGGGGAGCAGUGGAAAGGGUGGCUCUGUGGAGGCACGCUCGAGGUCAGAGGCAAAUUAUCAAGGACAUGCGCGGCAACGAGGAUCCGCAAGAUCUACCUCAGCUGGUCAUACGUGAAACUUUUGAGCACCCGGCAAGGAAAUGGCUGACUGUGAAAGACGGUAGCUUCCCUCAGCCGGAGGAGAGGGGAAGUGGACGAACGGGUUUUCAGGUGGCCGGAGGAAAUGUCGAAGGAUUAUUAGACACAACAUUAGAGCCUCCGGCUUGCGGCCAAACAGUCUGUGACAACGUUGAGGUCAUCAAAAACUACAACCAGCUCUCCAGCUUCCGCCGCCCAAAGAAAGUACGCUACCGCGUAAUAAAUAUCUGGGACGAUACGCAGACCAAGCCAACUGUGUCGGACCACCAGAUCAGCUUGCAGCAUCAGCGGCUUAAUGAUGCCUUCAACCCCUACAACAUCAGCUGGGAACUCAGCAUUCACAACAUUACCAACUCGUCUCUCCGAAACAGACUGAUUCUAGCAAAUUGUGACAUCAGCAAAGUGGGCGACGACGCCUGCGACCCAGAAUGCAACCAUCCGCUUACCGGGUUCGAUGCCGGGGACUGCGUGUCGGGCCACCGCAGCCGCUGCCCAGAGAGCAAGCAGGGCAACGGUGUGUGCGACCCUGAAUGUAACUGGGAAAAUUUUUCCUACGACCUCGGCGACUGUUGCGAUCCCGAUGUGACGGACGUAACGAAGACCUGCUUCAACCGCUCUUCUCCACACAAGGCCUAUUUGGAUGUGAAGGAACUCAAAGAGAUUCUGCGCUUGGAUGGUUCGACUCACCUGAAUGUCUUCUUCGCCAACUCUUCUGAUGAAGAUCUUGCGGGGGUUGCCACUUGGCCCUGGGACAAAGAAGCCCUCACGCAUUUAGGUGGAAUUGUGCUAAAUCCAUCCUUUUACGGCACUUUCGGCCACACCGACACCAUGGUCCACGAGGUUGGUCACAGUUUGGGCCUUUACCACGUCUUUCGAGGUAUCUCGGAGAUCGAGUCUUGCAAUGACGCCUGUUUGGAGACCGAGCCUUCCAUGGAGACUGGAGAUCUGUGCGCCGACACCAACCCAACACCUAAGUUUAAAGGCUGCCAUGAUCCUGAGCCGGGAAAUGAAACUUGCGGAUCUCCACAUUUCACGCAAACACCUUUCAACAACUACAUGAGUUAUGCAGAUGACUCUUGUACUGACUCCUUCACCCUGAAUCAAGUGGCCCGAAUGCACUGCUACCUGGACCUGGUCUACCAGACGUGGCAACCAGCCUCCAAACCACCUCCCGUGCCGAUGCCCCCCCAGGUGGUGGAGCAGCAUCAUAAAUCGGUCACCUUGGAAUGGUUCCCACCCAUUUCCGGACACUUUUACGACAGAGAAUUGGGAUCAGUGUGCGAUAAAUGCACUGAGGGGGGAGUUCUGCUGCAAUAUGCCUCCAAUUCAUCAUCGCCAAGGCCAUGUGCCCCGUCUGGACACUGGUCUCCACUCGAAGCCGAAGGUCCUCCUGAUGUCGAGCAGGCCUGCGAACCCAGCGUGCGCACUUGGAGCCCCAACUCUGGUAAUGAGCAGGGCAAUGUUGGCUUUUCUGAGUGCCCCCUCCAGGGCUGCAUGCUCCAGCUGGAGUUCCUUCACCCGCUGGUGCCGGACUCUUUGACCGUCUGGGUCACGUUCUUCAGCCUUGAAGAAACUGCGUUACCGGCCAUCCACAACAUCUUGCUGCUUACCGUCAACGGUAACAACAUCUCACUGGGGCCUAGCAACGUCUUCUGUGACACUGCGCUCACACUAAAACUGGACGUUGAGGAGGAAAUCUACGGAGUACAAUUCUUCACCAUGGAGCAGAACCUAGAGAUCGACGCCACCCUCUUGGCAUCUAAGCCAGACUGCUCACUGUGUGACGACUGCCAACCGUUGCGAUACCGUCUGCUGCGCCAGCCGGCCUUUACCCACGCGCCGCACGGUCUCAUAUUCAAUGAACCAUCACGCCGAUAUACAGACAGGGAUGUAGACCCGCAUGUCACAUACACCUACAGAGUCCAAACCAUCUCCAGUCGGAGUGAAAGUGAGCCUUCACCACCACUGGUUCAUGAACUAGGGGCAACCUACUGCGGAGAUGGACAGAUCCAGAGUUCCAAAGGAGAGGAGUGUGAUGACAUGAAUUCCAUGAAUGGUGACGGCUGCUCCAGCCAGUGCAAGAAAGAGCCUUUCUUCAACUGUGUUGAGGAACCGAGCAUGUGCUACUACUACGACGGGGAUGGCGUAUGCGAGGACUUUGAGCGAGAGACUGGCGUUCGAGACUGCGGCCUCUACACGCCCAGUGGCUUCCUGGACCAGUGGGCAUCCGCUGUUGAAGUUUCCCACGAGAAGAAACCCUACUGCUCGGGCGAGGUGGCAGCUGGUUAUCCCGCUGUUACGAAGACAUGUCAGUCCAAGGUGUUCGACCUAUCUGACGGGGUUUCCCAAUAUGCCUGGUUCCCAUGUCACGAGGCCCGCAAAACUCCCUGGGGAAUCUACUGGCUCAAGGCCCACUUCUCUCAUCCAAUGGUGGCAGCUGCAGUGAUCAUUCACCUGGCGGCUGAUGGGACGGGUUACAUCGACCAGACUCAGUGUAACAUCACUGUUCAGCUGGUGGACACUAAAGAAGGAAUCCAUAGUCUUGGCGAGUGGCGACUGAGCUGCCGUACAAACCCGUUGGUGAUUCCGGUCAGCCAUGACUUGUCAGUGGCUUUCUACCACACCACGGCCAUUUUGGUCACAUUUGCUUCCCGUUUGGUGGCCAUCUCUGGUGUUGGCCUGCGCUCCUUCCAGUCCUUUGACCCCAUCACCAUCAGCGGUUGCCAGAGUAACGAGAUCUAUAACCCGACUGGUCAAAGUUGUGUACAUUAUUCGUGUGAAGCCAUCGACUGCCAGGAGCCCUUGAUCCGCAAUGCAGAGCUCAAGUGCAGCAACACUGGUCACCACUUCUACAACGGCGACCGUUGCACCAUCUCCUGCAACUCGGGAUACGUACUGCAGAUCCAUCAAGAUGAUGACAUCAUCAAAAGCCAGUCGCAUUCUUUGGUGACCAUUACCUGCACAAACGGCAAGUGGAACAAACAGGUGUCGUGCGAGCCUGUCGACUGUGGUCUGCCUGACAAAUACCACGUUCACCCGGCCCAUUUCCAAUUCCCCGAGGGCACCACCUAUGGCAAGAAGAGCACUUUCCAGUGCCGUGAACCUGCCCAGCUUGUAGGUACCAACAAUACUCUGACUUGUCUCGAGGAUGGUCUUUGGUCCUUCCCAGAGGCUCUGUGCGAGCUUCGCUGCCCCGCUCCUCCACCCGUGCCCAAUGCUGUACUUCAGACCAAACGCUGCAACGAGACGGGGCUCAAAGUGGGAACACUGUGCAAGUACAAGUGCAGGCCAGGCUACCAUGUGACUAACAAACCCAAGAGGCGCGCAUUUAAGCGUCAGUGCACUGAAGAUGGCAGUUGGCUGGAGGGGGCGUGUGAACCAGUGACCUGCGAGCCCCCGCCGCCCAUCUUCCACGGUUCCUACCACUGUACCGACGGCUUCCGCUUUGAUAGCAUUUGCCGGCUCAACUGCUCAGACCAGGCCGGUAAUAGCGCUAAUGCCGUCAAUGGAGGCUCCGCCCACACGGUGAGGCUGCUGCACGCUCCAUGCAAGCAGGGAGUGGGAUCCAAUGCAAUCCGCUGCAGGAAGGACGGCAACUGGACGGGGUCCUUCCGCCUCUGCCCUACCAGCAAAGGGCAGUGUUCUUUACCUCAAAACCUGCAUCCUGAUGUUCAAUACUCAUGCAGGCAUGGACAUGGCAUAGGCGAGGAGUGUGAUCUGAAGUGCAGGAAGAUCAGCGACGACGUAGUGAUACUCCCUAGCAACAUGACUGUGGCGAGUGUACUCGAGGAGCAUUGGAGAAACCCACACAAGGUCAAGAGUAUUGUUUGUACAAUGGGACUGAAGUGGUAUCCCCACCCAGAGUUGCUCCACUGCUUCAAAGGAUGCGAUCCAUUCAUGGGGGACAACUACUGUGAUGCAGUAAACAACCGAGCCUUCUGUAACUACGACGGAGGAGACUGCUGCCAAUCCACUGUCAAGACCAAGAAGGUGAUUCCAUUUCCCAUGUCCUGUAACAUAAGGGAUGAGUGCUCCUGUCGGGAUCCAAAUGCUACAGAGAACAAACGGGAAGAGAAUGUCCUUUCACUGGGGUGACCGAACCUAAAAUGGAAGGGUGAGAGAGAGAGGGGGCCUUUGUUCAAUGUCCCAAGACCCUUUACUUCAACAACACACCCAGAGUGGCUGAGUUGGUACCUCCACAACUCCCCCUGAUUCUCAUCCUCCGGUUUCCUGCACAUGCUGCUUUAACAGGCAUACCUCUCCAUCCUCGCGACCCCUCUGCCUCGAUCCACAUUAUGAAAAGAUCAAAUGAUGACGGGACUCCAUAGAUGCCACUGAAAACUUCAUCCCUCAACUAAAAGGAAAUGAUAAAUGACAUCCAAGGCAAGCUGAGGAACUGUAGCACGCCUUUUGUUUAGCGUCUAGAUUACCGCCCAAGCCCGACAAUUACACAAUGAGAUUCCAAAUGUGCAAGGUUAGUGAAGGGGGUUGCUGGAUCAAUAAUUAUAAAUAUGAAGGAAAUGGAGACACAUGUUUCUCAGACAUGUUUUGAAGGCGUGAGGUUUUGGCACGAGUGGUCAGACAUUUUGUAUCUCUUUUAAUUUCUGUCAUGUGUUUCUUCAUCGGCACAUCAGAGGUUCCAGUUCGCUCGGCGGGGAACGAUAGUCUCAUUUACACUCCACACAUUCCACACACAUUUACCAGAGCAAAAGAAACAAAUAGUCAGAGAAACUAUCAAGUAAUUACCCCGCGACCGCAGAAACAAUAUUCCCAUGCAAAGUCCGUUUUUUUUCCGAGAGGAACUCAAAGCAUGUAAUGAAAACAACGUCCGUGCGGGCUCUGCUACUGCAUCUGCUGUUACACGAUGGAUUUGCGUUUGUCUACACAUUACUCACAUUUGCAUGUUCAUGUAAAAUGUGCUACAUCAAAGAAAUAUACAUUGCACAUUUACCACGACCAUUAAGGAAUGUCACUGAAAACAACUCUGCGCAGAGAUGAUUUUUGGGCAUUUUUAGUCUCAAACUAAAAGCUAAAAAAAGUACAAUGAUCGCAGCUGUCGUUUAGAAUGUAACCAUUAUGAUUGCCUCACGAUAAGAAAGGGCUGGAUGAAAACCAUGAAGAAAAAGGACUUAAGUAGAUGGAGUAUUUGUAAAUGUACACGUUUUUAAAUUUUUUUUUUUUUAAUUUUUUUUAGAAAAAUCCUUUGCUGGGAUUUUUAAGUGCACUUGUUUGUUCUAGUCGAUACAAUUGAUUUUCGCGGAACUGCCUUUCACUAAGUCCCGCCUCUUCUGUUAGUUAAAGCAUUAAUCGCCAUUGACUGGGAUAGGCGUCCAAUCAUCUCUUUUCAGCCUAGUGUUGUCAAUGUCCAAUCCAUUUAAAGUGAGAGGUUUUCGCAUUUUCCUCAGUUUUGAAUUUGAUUUCAUUUCUUUUCCUCCCAAUUCAAAUGGAUUGUAUAUCUAUCAUCGUCAAUCGUACUGAAAAGAGUUCUGGAAAAGUGUGAAAGUUUCAUACUGAAAAACUACCGUAAUUGCCACACCUGAAUAAAUAACAACCCAAAUAUCACAAAAUUUAACAAAGAAAAUCCAUGUACACGCCGCACCUGACUAUAAGCCGCAAGUGUGCAUGUAUAAAUCGAGACAUGUUCCAGAAAACAUAUUUGAUCAAUCAAAAAUAUAUCUAUUAACCAAAUUAACAUCAACACGCCGAGUGUGUCCGCAGCUUGCAUGCAGCGGCUUGUAGAGGGAGCCACACACCGCAAACAGUCUGAAACCAUAAAACACUUUUUUAAAAAAAUCUAAAAUCUAUUUUACCUUGACUAUGCUUGCAGCGUACUAAGUCCUGUCAAAAAUUCCCCUGAUAGGCUAUUUGAUUAACUCAGGGCUUUGACGUAGCAAGGCUUUAUCAUAGCACACUGUGGCUAUCCGUCCUCUUUAAAUAUGUCAAAACACCCACGGCUAGCCUUAAACUGUUCUUUUGUAAUGGCAUCAAGCAUCGAGCGGAGCCUUCAUAAAGUAAUCUAAGUGCUGGUUGAAAACAUCUAAUCGGCGCGAGCAUAACACAAAACAAUGGCUAUACAUCAUUUUAAAAUUAUUCUUUUGUACGGGUACUCAACAUCAGAUAGAACCCUAUCCAUCUAUAAAAUUCCAAGAGUUUAUGAUAAAGUCUGAUGAAGGGAAUGGCAAGCUUUGUUGGCGCUAGUAGCAGCAGAGACAUCUGACCAUCUAUGGUUCAACUUAAAAGGUUCAUCUGUAGUGGCACCAAAAUGCUUCCCUUCACCAGUCCGUGGAGCAAAAUUAAUAGAAAAUAAAAUAUGAUUACAAAAUUUUUGAUCACUUAAAGCAACACUAGGUAACUUUUCAAUAUUUAUAAAAUAUUUAAUAACAAUUGUGAUGAUAUGUCGACUGACAACUAGUCUUUUAUAUGUUAAGGGGGUCUGUAUCGCUUUCACCAGCACUAAUUAACUUAGAGAAGGGUGGCAGAAACCCUGCCACACACACAAAAAAAAAAAAAAAUGUUCUGACUGCUUUACGGCAUACGUCAUUUCCCCCUUUCCCCAUUCAUUAUAAAGACAGAAUUCGAUGCUAACGCUUUCGCGCAAAUUGUGCAAAGAUUGCAGAGCAACCAAGACAAGAAGUUUUGUCCGAGGAGGAAAAAACAAGAGAGUCUACACGAAUAAAAGGAUACUCAAGAGUAAGCAUUGGCCUGGCUUUCACUCGCUGGCGUGACCCCCCCCCCAAACAAACUCGUCAGUGCUGACGAGUUUGAGUGGGUUAGGGGUGGGGCGUGGGGGGUUAGCCACACUAAGGGGCCGUUUACAUGGUGACUCUCCGAGAAUACGAAAAAUUUCAAAUUUGCAUUUAUAUGGGCCUGUCUCCAUUCGAACAAAGUCGAAAUUCCACAUGAAAACGAUAUUGUAUACAUGCCAGGCCCUAGGGGGCAGUGCAAAUUUACAAGGCGACAGCGAAUGAUGCACUUUGACCCCCACAAGCUCCUCAGCCCGGAAAAAAAUAUGCCCGCCCACUCGAAGCAAUGGCAUCUUUCUUUUGUUCAAAAAGGCAAAAAAAUGAAACAUUCAACAUAUUUAAUUUAAAGAUAUUAUUAAAACAGUAAAUUAAAGCCGACAUUCCACCUUAUUUGCUGUUUUUAAUGUUUAAUAGCACCCCUGCACUCGCCCAAUGUGACGUGCACUAGUGCUGAUGUUAUCGGCGCGGUCUCUUGCCGCGGGAGCUUUUGAUAUUCUUACGCAGCAAGCCCCCCUGAAUCCCCCGCAAUUGAAUUUUUCCACUUUUGAGACAGGAUCGAGAUUUUUUUUGUCUUCGCCUUCCGUCUUCCCCGACACCAUAUGCACGCGAGGCGAUUCCGCUACUCAGUCAUUGCGUUUUUGUGUCGCAGAGUCGCCAUGUAAACUGCCCUUAUGCCACACGGCUAACCGUCGUAACUGGAUUCAUUACCUUAUUACUUUUUAUCCUUUACAUAGCCGCUUGAAACAGAAUUGUUUAAUCCAUCUGCAGCCCACCAUCAUGAUUUUACGACACUACGCAGGUGUUCGCUGGUCCUCAUGGGAAACACAGCGCUGGUCCUCAUGGAAAACGCAGUCUUCCUUAAAGCGUAAGUUCAGAAUUUUUUACGUUGGGCUUAAUCUUCGAGUUAGCCGGGGGUUAGUUAGUUAGUUAGUUAGUUAGUUAGUUAGUUAGUUAGUUAGUUAGUUAGUUAGUUAGUUAGUUAGUUAGUUAGUUAGUUAGUUAGUUAGUUAGUUAGUUAGCGGAGUUGAUUUCAACAAAUUCCGUUUCGUUUGCAAGUUAUUUGUUAGUUUCAGAGCUCCGGAGUGGCUAAGCUAGAGCAAGUCAAUGGCACCAUUAUAGCAGGCCAAUUAAAACAACAUAUGCACACAUGAAAAUCAUCGAUGACCCAUGCAAUCAAUAGUGUUUGCUAUGUUUUCGGGAUAAUCUUACUAAAACUUACAUUGCAUGUCAAUAAUUGCAGUAUGAACAGCAACAUUUGUAAUCCAGAAACGCUGCAGAGGAGCAGGGCGGAGUGAUAUCACAUUGGGUUGUUUUUCACCGCUGAUUUUUUAUGUCGUAGCCAGCAGCAAGGAGCAAUUUAUAUUUUUUCUCGUUCUUCAUAGGGAAUUUGUGGAAACUUUCCUUUGCCCGUUUCUUCUGUAUGUUUCCACAGCCUCUAAAUGCACAUUUUGCCAUGUUGCCAGCCGGCAGUUAAUGCAACAGAUUGAUGCUGCAUUCGAGGAAGGUGGGAAGUCAGAGUUUCCAACCUAUGAUCUGGAAAAAUAUCAUGAGGACGCUUCCACUAUUUGAUCGCUUAUGAAAAGUCAGGUUUGCUAGAGGUCAAAAUUUCUUUUGAAGGCCAAAAAAAAAAAAAAAAACUUGUGGCGAUUAGCCAUCUUUGCUGGUUACGUUUGCUUGGAACGCUUUGAGUUCGCAAAUGGUCGCAAAAUCCCUCCAAGCAGGUUAAGUCUGACUUCCCACCUUCCUUGAAUGCAGCGUGAGAACGAAUGACCGAAAUACUCCUCUUUAUUGGGGUCGUAUUACACAUCCAAAAAAUAGUCCUGCUGAAUGAAACGAAUUAUGGCAGUUUGAUGUACAUUGUUUUGGCCGCAUGGGUGGUUUGAAACAACGAUCUGUGUUUUGAAUUUAUUUGAGUAUGUUGGAUCUGUUCGUAGCCCUGUAUCGCUUUUUUUAUUGGCAUGCUAUAAUGGUGCCAUUGACUCGCGCUAGCUUAGCCACUCUGAAGCCCUUAAACUAACAGAUAACUUGCAAACGAAACAGAAUUUGUUGAAAUCAACUCCACCAACUAACAAAACCCCUGUUAAUUCGAAGAUUAAGCCUAAUGUCAAAAAUCCUGAACUUACGCUUUAAGGCAAAACGCUACCGCUUUUGGCCACCGGCGUUGCUAAAAUCAACCAAAACUGAAAAGUUUCCAAGUGCUGCUUUAAAUUUUUCAAUGAUACUGAAAGAUGAGUAUUCACAGCCAUUCCUCCCAACUGAAAUGAAUUGUCAAAUGCAUGCAAUGAGUUAACAAGAAGCUCCAAACACCUAGAAUUUGAACCACAAUGUAAAAGAGGGCUUGUAUGCAAAGUAUAGACGUCUGUCGAAACUAGUUUUUGUUGCGAUUCUUUUCUGGCGUUCCAUUUUGCACAGACACAUAAACAAACAAACAGUAAAAAACAGUGAUGCUGCUUGGCUCAUCGGCCCAUGUUUUGCUGCUUCAGUCACAUGACUAUGACCUCUCAUUAGACUCUUGCCAAGCUGCUAUAGCACCACGCCAUCCUCAUUAGUCAAGAAUAUACACACAACAGGCAAGUGGCAAUGUAUGACUGACGGCACAUAGUACAUAAGACACACAGUCACAAGGUAUUAAUUUCCGCCAAAAAAAAAAAAGAAAAAUACAAAUGAAUAUUGUGUAAAUAUGACUUCACUUUAUCUUUUUCUUGUCUUUGAUUUUUACCAAAUGUUAUAUUCGAUUAGUUUUUGUAAUGAUGACCUGAUUUACUGCACUUUUUAAGUUGCCAUGUAAGAAAAGAAAAAGUAUGUCUUUAAAAAAAAAAAAAAAACUGGACAGAAGCUGCUAAUAUCCAAAUGGUGAUCUGCGACAACGUGUAUGAUUUUUGGUCCUUUUCCUCUCUACGUGUUGCUAUGAGAUCAUCCAUAAUCUUUCCUAAACUUGCUUGGCAUAUUGCAAUCAAAAGCAUUAAAUAUAGCUAGUAGUGUUGCACCGAUGCUAGUAUCGGUACGGAUAUGGCACUAAAAUGACAUAAUCGGAAUUGGGGAGUACCAAGAAAUAGCGUGUCCAUGCUGCGCAAGAUUUUUAAGAUCGAGUUCCUAACCGCUAGCUAGCUAGCUGCAACACCAGAAGCUAUAGAGGUUUUGCUAACUUUAUUUCAAUGUUUUUUAUGAGAGUGUAAUAAGAUUGCCAAAAUCAUGACAUAAUACCUGUCAUGAACAUGAAUAAAUGCUUGUGACAGAUGUCAUUAACUGUGUUAACCGUAAUGCAAAAAUACAGUGGUACCUCGACACACGAGCUUUUGGAAAUCCGACGUAAAAUUUGAGUCGUCAUUUGUUUCUACAUCCGACGACAUGCUCUAAAUACGACGAUUUAUGACAGCGCCGCAGUUUCUUUUUUCCCGCAAGACAAACGCAUGGCAGAUUUUCAUGUGAGAGAAAUCAACAUGGGUUCCAACAAUGUUAGUGCAGGUGGUGAAAAGGGGAAAAAGGUGAGGCUUACCAUUGAAACAAAGUUGGAAAUGAUGUAAAAAUAUGAGCGUGAUGUGCGCGUCCGUGAACUGGCUCGACAAUACGGCCAUAGAAUGUCCACGAUAUCUGCGGUCUUUCUCCGUUCACCAGUUUUUAUAAGUAAACAUUGCCAAAGAAAUCGGCAGCUUCGUCAGGUUAUUAAUCAUUUAUUUUAGAACAACCCAACAUGCCUACUGUCCGCUGCAGCUGACGCCUUCAACAGAACAUGAAAAGUGAAUGUAAAAAGUUCUCUGUCACUCUGUCAAGUCAGCCAUAGUCAUAGACUUCAUAAUGUAUUGACAGGACACGGGGUGGAAAAAUAGGGGGCCUGCAUUGUUGGCGAGGCUGUCAAAGCUGACCGAGUGGAAUCACAAAGUGCUUUUUUUUUUUUUUAAUUCUUGUGAAUAAAUGCUUAAAUCCCUGAAUUCUAUAUAGACAUGGACGUAAAACAGUCUUGUUUCUUGGUUAAAAGCAAAAAAAAAAGUGCAGUUAGCAUUGAUUUUUACAUAAAUAUGUCGAAGUACAAUGCUAGUCUGUUAGUGAAUGUAGCUAGCGGCCGCCUUAUGUAAACAGAGCUUUUCCUGUGAAAAUUCUUGUGAAUAAAUGCUUAAAUCCCCGAAUUCUUUAUAGAUAUGGAGGUAAAACAGUCGCAAAUUUUGGUUUAAAGCAAAAAAAAACCCUUGCAGUUAGCAUUUAUUUUACGUAUAUAUAUCGGAGUACAAAGCUAGUCUGUUAGUGAAUGUAGCUAGCGGCCGCCUUAUGUAUUUUUGUGAAUAAAUGCUUAAAUCCCCGAAAUCUUUAUAGAUGUGGACGUAAAACAACAAUCAAUUCUUGGUUAAAAGCAAAAAAAAACCAAAAAAACAAAAAAAAAAAACAUGAAGUUAGCGUUUAUUUUACGUAAAUAUGGUGAACUAUGAUGCCAGUGCAGUAACAGAUAAUUUCUCCCGUUGAUUUUUUUCACAACGUUUCAAAAUGCAUGCAUGGUACGAAAAAUAUAAUAAUUACCUUUUAUCUUCGAAAAAUCACUCGUGAGACAAUCCUGUUUGUAUGCGGUAGAGCUUUCAUACUUUUUCAACAGAAAUCUGGCAUUAGAUCGCUGCGUGCGUGUUUGUGAAUAGCUCCUCUUGAUGUGGGCGGCCCCCUACUUGAAGAUGAGGCCCAAUGCAUGACCGAUCUGACCCGUCAAUACCAUUAUGAAGUCUAUGGGUGCGUUCAGAUACACCACGCAAAAUACAUCCACCACAUUUGAACCUGAUUUGUUACAAUAUUAAAGUUAUUACCAUUAUUAUUACUUUUAUUAACAUUAUUAUUCCGAUUUUUAUUCAUAUUCUAUUGGUUUUGUUCAGUGUAAUUGCUAUUUGCAAUAGUACCAGCAGUAUUUAAUAAUGUUUUAGUGUAGGUUUUCGGGCUGUGGAACGAGUUAAUGGAAUUAUAAUGUAUUCUUAUGGGAAAAUCCUGCUCGUCAUACGACCAUUUCGACUUACAAACAAGGUCCUGGAACGAAUUAACUUCAUAUGUAGAGGUACCACUGUAAUGCCAAUGUUGCAUUAAAAUCCUACUUGGAAAUCAAGCUUAUACAUGUUUGUCUACCAGCAAGACCAGUACCAAACCACAACAAAUCCAGCAAGGUUCUGCUGGAUAUGUUGUGUUUUUAGUAUUGGUUCAUAAAACCAGCAUAUGUUGGGUUUCUUAGCAGGGAAGUGACAUAAUUUACUGAUUGACAUUUAUUCGUUUAUAUUCAUGACAGGUGCCACGUGAUGAUUAUGACAUUCUUAUAAGACUGUCAUAUGAGACAUUCAAAUAAAGUGUAACCAAGGUUUCAAAUAUCCUCUGGGGCAUAUACAGUGGAACCCUAAGGUUGAACACCACCCCAUCUUUUUUAUUGUCCAUACCAAACAGUCACAGAAAAAAACCACACACUGCUUGCACAAUAACUUUUAAUUUGCUACUGUUAUGAUCUUGUGCCAUCACAGUUAUGCUUCUGUUGUGGCAUCACACACACACAAAAAAAAAGUCCAAAGAAACACGACCAGUCAAAACAUUUAAUCCAUGCUCAGUUGUUUGAUCAUUUUGGUUUGGUUCCACUGUACAUUUUAGAUUUCAACAUAUCAGAUCGUACAACUGCACAUUAGUUUAUUUCGCCUUGAUCUUUCAAACUGUAUAUUCUGGCCGAGAAACGUCAUAAGAGAAGGAAACGAUAGAUGAAUACAUCACAAUUGUUAUGUUUUGUUUUUAACAGAUUAAGAUGUUCUCUUUAAAGAUUGCAUUUAUCAGAAGACAUGUCUUUAUUUUAUUAUAUAAUGUAAUAUUACUACUCUGGAUAUGGCUGUUUUACCUUGAACUGUAACCAGUGGGGGGAGGGGAGUCUUACUUCUUCAUGCUGAUGACCACAGCUUUAACAUCCACCACUCUCCUGCCAUUUCAACGGACCGUUUUGUUUUUUUGACUCACAGUGACCUGUAUCAUAACUCCACGCCUGGAUCCAAAGGCUACAGAAUAUGACUUUUCUUUUUGGAGAAGGUAUCCCUUAAAACAAUAGACACCGAGCGAUCCACGCACGGAUAGAACGUCACCUCAAAACUGUCGUCAUCACAGGAACCCUCACUGUACCUCAUGCCUGUAAUGUUUGCUGCUUAUAUACCUUAUGUAUAUUAAUGUUGCACCAGUACCGGUAGCGAUACGGGACUAACAUUACAUCAUCGGUGAAUACUAAGAAAUAACGGGUCAAUGCUGCGAAAUAUGUACUUUUUUCAUAAUCUAGUUUCAAACCGCUGGUUGCCCGAGAUUGAGCCAAGAGGGUCGCCAGCUACCCCCACAGUUGUAACGAAAGAAGAUCAUAGACCAUAGACUUCAUUCAUAAUGUAUUGACAGGACAUGGGGGCGAUUCAUAGGGGGCCUAUCCCCGUCAAAGCUGACCGAGUGGAAACACAGACGGAGAGCUUUUUCCGUUGAAAAUUCAUGUGAAUAAAUGCAUAAAUCCCUGAAUUUCUUUAUAUAUCGGGCAUAAAACAGUCUCAAUUCUUGGUUGAAAGCAAAAAAAACGUGCAGUUAGCAUUUAUUUUACGUAAAUAUGUGAAAGUGUGAUUCUAGUCUGUCAGUCAGUGUGGCAGCCGCCAUAUGUAAACAGAGCUUUUCCGGUGAAAGCGCUGGUGAAUAAAUGUUUAAAUCCCUGAAUUCUUUAUAGAUAUGGACGUAAAACAUUCUUGAUUCUUGGUUAAAAGCAAAAAAAAGCAGUUAUUUUACGUAAAUAUUACGAAGUAUAAUGCCAAUGCUGUAGCUGCUAAUUUCUCCCAUGGAUAAUUUUUCACAACAUUUCAAAAUGCAUGCCUGGUGCCAAAAAUAUAAUAAUUACCUUGAAUCCUCGAACAAAUCACUCCUGAGAAAAUCCUUCCUGUUUGUAUGUGGUAUAGCUUUCGUACUUUUUCAACCAUAUCCGGCGUUGGAUCCCUGCAUGUGUUGACUAACUGCGACCGACUGUGAAUAACUGAAGCGGACUGUAGGACAGCCCCCUACUUGAAGGCGUUGCAAAGUGGCUGAUGGAUGUGACCCGUCAAUACAAUUAUGAAGUCCAUGGAUAGACAGUCAAUUCUGUGACAUCCAAUCAUCCAUCCUUCUGCUCUCAUUUGAAAUUAGUUUAAAGGGAAAAAAGCAGUGUCUGACCAAGCCAUAAUAGCUUUCAAGUCAGUAUGCAGUAAUUUAGUAUUAAAGGUACUACACAGAAUUUUUUGUGUUAAUUUAAAAUACUUUUUUACUCCAUGGAUGCUCCAACAAUGCCCUGAUAAGUACAUAGAACACUGACUUUUUAACUGAGACUGUCCCAAAAAGCCUUUUUUUCCCCAUUCAAUAGAAACUGAGCUGUUUCUUCGACCCUUAGCCUAGUCUCCGCUUGGCAAAAACACUUUUCUAACCCACUUGAUUUGCAACUAACAGUAAACAAUCACGUUUGGUGUUUUUACCUCUAUGGUGCUGAUUUGAUCGGCCAAACAGUAGUUGAUUUAUGUUCGUGCUCAUACAAGCAUGCACGGACUUAUAACACGGGCAGGUACGCUUUAGGCCAGAAGUAGCAGUGGCGAGUAAAAAAGUCCAUAUUGCACCUUCAAAUUUUAAAAAGUACAUAUUAAAAUGUAUCGGUACAGCCAGCUGUCAGAUCUGUAUCGGGAACCAAAAAAGGUAUCGGUGCAACACUAAUAUGUUUUUAUAUAUAUAUAUAUAUAUAUAAUUUUCUGUUUUGCUUAUCAUACCGAUGAUGUACAUAGUAGAACUAUUUAUUAAGAGUGUUAUGCUUUUUUAAAGUUAUAUUUAAUUUCAAUGUAAGUUAUUUUUUUACAUUGUAUGUCCAUCAUUCUUGCAAUCUGGCAACAUCUCUGCUCUGGGAACACUUUUUUUUUUUUUAACCCUUACAUGUAAAAAAAAGAAAAAGAAAAAAAAAAACAUCAGACACUGCCUGCUUCUUAUGUAAAAUAUAACCGAUUAAAAGAAUGGAAAAUAUUUCUAUUAAAAUAAAAAUGUUUGCCAAUGGGGAGGAGGGGGAGGUAAUUUAAUAGUAUCUGACAUCAGAGACUUUUAUUGGACUCCCUUGUUAACUUUUUAGAGGUUGAAACAAUAUCCUCAAGUUUUAACCUGUCGUAUUCUGAUUUUGUUCACGUUAGAUUUUCAAUCAAGUUAGUUUGUCAUAACAGAAUGGUGCUUUUAAAGGUAGCCCGUUCCUUAGAGUGUGGUGCAGGGUGUUCUUGGAUUCAGAUUAAAAAAAAAAAAAUAGGAGGGUUAGAAAGAAAGGUAAGGGAUUGGGUGGGCUGCUUUUCCUGGCCUGGGCAGCUAUUUGGCCAGGUGUGAAAAUGUGUACUCACAUGGGCCGGACCCCGUGGCAAAGCGACACGUAGGCCACGGGGGCCAAUGAAUCCGAUUUUUUUUUUUUUUUUUUUCUCGGAGAGUAGGGCGGCCGUCCCAUUGCCCCUGCUCCUGCAGCCUCCUACCCCUUUGACACACUGCCUCAUCUGUCACUGUCAGCUCAAGGCGGCACAGGGCGGCCAGUGUGGAGCGGGGCCCUGCGUAAAAAAGGAGAGAGGAAGUUUGGGCAGCUUAAAGAGAUGUUUGAAGUGCAGGCUGAAGGAACACACUUCUCUUUGGCCGAGCGCCUGGCUUAUCACAUACACUAAUACUGUAUGUUUGGAGUCCGGCUCGCUUUCCUGACAGGCUUUGAUAUCGCUCCAUAUAUACCAACAGUUGCCACUUUGUUUCAAAUUUAACACCUGAUUUUCUUUAUGCAUGUCAAAAUACGGUAAACUAUAAGACAAAGAAGUAUGGGAGUGUUUGAAGCCCCUCAGAUCCUAAAAUACUGAUGUGCCAUCUCGAUGAAGAUAUUUUUAUUUGUGUAUUGUAACACAUGAAGUACCUCUCACAGGCCUCUGGUUCUAGACUUAGUCCACUUUUUGUCUCCCUCAAAAAAAGGUGAUGUGUCCUUUUGUUUAUUCUUAUUUUAAAGUAUAUAUAUAGAAAAAGAAGUGUAUUUGCAUAUUACGUGGAUAUCUAGUGGUAUUACUGCAAUGUUUCGUACCUGAUUGCUCAACAAAUAUAUUUUAAGAUGUAAAUAGUAGUAUUAUAUGAUGAUUGUAUUUGCAAAAACAAUGUACUAACUGUUUGGGAGUAGCUCUUGGAUGGUUUUUAUCCUAUUAUACAAAAGAUGUUGGAUAUUGUGUCAAAGUAUCGCCAGUAAAACACAGAGAAAAAAAAAUAACCCAAGAUGCUUUGCAACGCCCACUCGCAGUUAGCAUUUAUUUGUCCAUCAUGGCUUUGUAGAAGUACUGUCCGCUUUCUAGACCGUCAAUCAUAUCCAGUGAGUCAUAUUUAUUUGCCGUCCAGAUGAAUGGAACCCAAAUGAUCACUUCUGGGUGGAAAUGGAACCUCAGUAGCAACUCAGUUGCUUUGUUUUGAUGAUUUAUUUUUGUUAUGCAUAUAAAUGUUUGUUUCAGGCACCCAGACAGUAAGUUCUUUGCCCUCACUUUGGACUGUAUGAGUCAGAUAUGCCUAACGGUCUCCACCAACACUGUAAAGGAGGCCAUUGGUCGUCCCUCUGAUGUCUUCUUUGCUCUUUGGUUUCUUUACAGUAUGCACUUUUUCCGGCACAUAUACAAAAAGUUGGACUUUUUAUGUUUUCCUUGGAUGUCUGUCUUUGUUUUCUUCACAGUUGCAUUUAUCUCUUUAAUUUUUUGGUGCUCUGGUACAUGGCAAAACAUGUUACAUCUGUGCUAUAUUUUCAUAAGGAAGAGUCAUAAAGAUGAAUAUCAUGUCGAUUUUUUUUUGCUGUCAUUUAUUGUGUAGAAAUAAAA